GGUUGGCAGACGCCGCCGGGCGAUCUGCCCAGGCGCGAGGUCGUCGAGCAGAGUCUGGUCGAGCUGAAGGCCGUCUCCUACGGCCAAGGCGAGCUGACGCCCGGGCUCGGCCUGACGCUGGGCCUGACUCCGAGUCCCGCCGACUCGGGCCUGCCGGGCACGGGGGAUCUCGACCCGCCGGCGGUCUCGAGCAUCGGCCUGCGAGGCGCCAAGAAGCGCUCGCACUCGCAGUCCUCCAUGCAGGACCUUUUCGAUGUCACCAGUAUGACGCGUAGCAGUGCCGGUUCUCUUAGUUACACAGCCGGAGGCCCGGACUCUUUGAGAAGUGGCCUCUCCAGCGAGGCUGGAUCUUAUGGCCACUUGUCAGCCGGUAAAACGCAGGCUCCUGCCAGACGGCCUUCACUGGCUUUCACUCGUUACUCUUUGGUCAAAUUGCCGCAUUUUUAUCAGCCUCUCCGAUUAAAACUCGUUUGA